AUGACAGGGGAAGCACAAGUCAAGCUCCAUUGGCUCAAUGGAUCCCGAGCGCAGAGCAUACUAUGGCUUCUCGAGGAGCUCGAGAUUCCUUAUGAACUCGAUAUCCACCACCGUCAGAAGGACAUGCUAGCCCCGCCCGAGCUCAGGAAGCUCCAUCCACUCGGCAAAUCCCCGUUGGUCUCGAUCACGACGCCUGGGGCUACGGAGCCGUUUGUUCUCGCAGAAAGCGGCUUCAUUGUGCAGUACCUGUGCGACCACUUUCCAAAGGGCAAAGCACUCGUCCCUCAACGCUGGAAAGACGGCCAGGAGAACAAGCUCGGUGGCGAGACGGAGGAGUGGAUGCGGUAUCAGUACCUGCUGUACUAUAUCGAGGGCAGUUUCAUGUUCACGCUGGUGUUGCACUUCAUCCUCAGCGGCCUCAAGGGACCCAACGUUCCGUUCUUUAUCCGACCGGUCACCUCAUUCAUUGCAAACCAAAUGAUCGCCAUGGUCGUUAUUCCGAAUAUGAAGCGGCAUUUUGGUAUGAUGGAGCAGUAUCUUGCCAAGUCACCCAAGGGCGGCAAGUACAUGUGUGGUCCGAGCCUCACCGGCGCCGACAUCUUGCUCGGUUACCCACUCUUAGCUGGGAAGGACGGUGCAUUCGACGCCAUGGCCACGUGGGAGAAGGGGUCUUUCAAGGAGACGUUCCCGAAUCUCCAUGCCUACAUGGGACGACUCUCGGAAGAAGCCGGUUGGAAGAAAUCUGUGGCCAAGAUCGAAUCGAUUGAGGGUAGCUUUUCGAUCUUGCCAGCCACCACCAAGCUCUAA